AUGGGCAAUGAUCAUGUGCUAGUUGCACAUUUUGCCGAUUCAGCAUCUAAUCCCCGUGGAGAAGACGCAAAUGAUCAACUGUACUCUGUAGAAAGACCGAGCCAAGUGAGCAUGACUUGCAUUGCGUGGACAGAGAUGCGGAAACUUUUAUGUCUCAUCUGUCGACUCGGCUGGUUGCAAGGGGUGAAGAAGACUUUAAGCAAAACCAUCAACAUACUCUGGCACUACUUUUCUGGGAGUCUUUCAGCCUCAGUUUCUGCACUCAUUCGCCAGGGCAGGUGUGAAUUGGUGCAAACUGCAGACCCAGCAGCACAAGUCUUCGCACAAACUCAUGUUUGUGCACUUUAA